UUAUCGGUGUAUACCAGAUAAUAGUCGACUCUCAGUUGCGAUGGUCGUUGUCAGUCUACGAUCGUAACUGUAAUCGAAAGCAAUUCGAGCAGUCGUCGCGAUAUUCGUUGCUAAUUGGUGAUGCCAUGAUGUGCGAACAAACGAAGGAUUGUCACGCCUGGUUAGACCCUCUGGUCGGCAAGAUAACCACGAAUCUCGGCAAAAAUUUCAAUGAUAUACGAUACGAAGUAUCCACGCCUAACGACUCCUUCUUCAUUUCGAGUUUAUUCUUCGUUAAUAUCGUCUCUAACUCGACUACCGACAAUGCCGACGAAGAGAAGGAAACAUCGAACAGCGUUGUGGUAAAGAUACCGUCAUCGUUGAGCCAUUUACGAGAAAUAAUGAGAUCGAACGAACAGUUCCACAACGAGAUAUUGUUCUAUAAAAAAUACGCCAAGUAUUACGAUCAACUGCCACGUUGUGUUUACGUCGAGCAGGAUGACUCCCUUAAUUCGGUGAUCGUCCUAGAGAACGUAAUUACUCAGCGAGGUUAUAGCUUGUGCGAAUGGAAGAACGAUAUACCGCUGGUAUACACUAUAGCUGCGUUUCGAGAAAUCGCUAGGUUCCACGCGAGAGCGUACACGGUAAAGAAGAAUCAUAAGGAAGAAUUCUUCGAUUUCGUGAACAAUAUCCAGGAAGUUAGGUUCUAUCCAGGGACCAUUAUGAAUGAUGUAUGCAAUGGAACUGCGACCAGGUGGCUCGGCUACCUUCGAAAGCAGGGCCACGAUAAACAAUUCUGUGACAAGCUCGAAGCUCGGUUAGAGAACGCGUAUGAGGAUUUGAUUCUGAAAUUUAUCGAAGUCGAGGAACCUCUCGCCACGCUAUGUCAUGGCGACUUGACGAUAAAUAACACGUUGUUCAAAAACGAAAAUGGUAAACUGAAAACUAUGUUUAUCGAUUUCGCAUUAAUACGGUAUGGGUCGCCGAUUUUGGAUCUGUCUACGUUCAUAUGUCUGCAUUGCGCGAAGGAUGUCGACAAAAAUAUGUUGGAUAAUGUUUUGAAAGCGUAUCAUGACUCUUUGAUACAGUGUCUUAAGGAGAAUGAUAUGGAUUGUGAACAGUAUCCGCUCGAGGCUUUCUACGAGGAUUAUAAAAAGAAAGGUCUGUUUGGAUUUUUCAUUGCUGCGUUUUUCCUACCUAUGGUGAUGAGAAAUUCUGACAAAGGACUGGAAGACUUCAAUCAAAUGGACAUGUCGGAGUGGAUAGGAACGUUGCGUCAGUUAGGUGGAGAUGAAAUUGAUAAAAUUUUGGCGAAUAUGUUGCUGAAAUUAUAUGAGUUUGGGUGUCUGGAUUAUGUGCUGUAAGUGAUCAGUAUUUGUUACACUAGUUAUGAUCAACAGAAUCCACGAUUUUAUAAAUCAAUAAAGCCAAACAAAUGCAACUUUUAUUAUUACUAAGAUUUUAAUUACGAAUUUUAUAAUUGGAUAUUGGAUAUUGUUAAAUUUUAUAAUUUUUGACGAUCUGUUGAAGAGUC